AAGGCCCAGUUUGUAUUUAUUAAAAAUUUUCCGGAAGACAACCUCCGUCUUCUGUUCGCUCCCUUCCGGUUUCCUGGCGUCGUUGUCAAUUGUCAUCAUCACCCGCCCUAUUCUUUCUUCAUUGUCUCUUCUGCUCGCUCAAUCCUCCUCCUCUUUCCUUCCGUUCAUCACCGUCUUCCUCUGUCCCUCCAAGACUCCAUCGCCACCAUUCCCUCUCCGGAAAAGAAAUUGAACAUGAUGAUGCAAGAAACUCCAACCAUGAAACCACCUCCAAGCAUGGAACUGUCUGCAAGCAUGGACCCACCUGCAGCUGAUGCUGAGGUACAACCAGAAACACUUGAAGAAGUGAAAGAGGAAGGCCCAAUGUUUCCCUGCAACCUUUACGAUGCAGAAAUGGUUCAUAAGAUAGCACAGGAGUUUCUCACAGGUCUGGCAUCUGCCUGUGUUGACAACACAACGGGUGGCAUAUUCAAGAGCCCUGCCUCUGUGGCUCUUGAUGUGAGAAGAGAGAUGGUGGACUAUCUUGUCCAAAGAAGUGAGACUUUUGUGGCAGAAUCCGUGGUCUUGGAAGGCGACCCCAUUGUAGAAAAGCCCACUGAUGCAUUUGAUAUCAUCUCUGACUUGAUCGACGAUUUUGCGCAUUCAAAAAGGAAUUUUUUCAGCCGCGUGUCCGGGUGGGUUCUGAGUGAUAGGAGAGAAGACAGGAUAGAUGACUUUGUGCAGGAGAUGGAACUGAAUGGGUUUUGGUUGAUUGGGAGGAGGGAGUCGGUUGCCUUAACUUUGCUUAGAAAUGUUGAUGUCAAGAACACGUACCAUUGCAGUGUGAGAUUUAGGUCCCAAGAAGAACUCAGACAGCAUCUUCCCUCUUGCAGUUUCAGGGUCAUGAACUGUGAGAAUGAGGGGUGUAAUGCUAUAUUUGUUGCAGGCCAUGUGGAACAACAUGACUCCACUUGCCCUUUCAAGAUUCUUCCGUGCGAGCAGAAGUGUCCAGAGAGCAUAAUGAGACGCGACAUGGACAGGCAUUGCAUUACUGUUUGUUCGAUGAAACUUGUGAACUGCCCCUUCUACCCCGUAGGUUGUCUGUCUACUGUCCCACAGUGCUACAUAGGGGACCACCGGUCUGAAAAUCUCCAGUUUCACCUGGUUUGCAUCUUGAAGCUUGUUCACAAGGAAGCGUCUGCCGAAGCUCUGAAGAGAAGAGCAGAAUUGUUGAUGGAGGGACCUGCGCGUGAAAAGUUAGCAGCUGCUCGGGAUGCUAGAGCUCUAACCUUCGCAAUCAAGGAUCUCGAAGUUAAGCUUGGGCCUUUAGAAGAAGUGAAACCAAGUGUGGAUGAAGAAAAGUUAACAGCCAAUGAAGAAGACCUUAGAGCUUCAUCAGUUAGUAAUGCUAAAAAUGCUUCAGUCUUGCCUUUAGAGAAUGAGGGUGCUGCCCAGAAACAUCCUGGUACAGAAGACAAGAUCACUGAUAUGUCUGCCAAUAGAGAUGAGCCGAGUGCCUCUACGGAUGAAGCAAAGCCAGAGGAGUCAAUCCCCAAAGGUCAGUAUCCUCUUGAGGAGACCACUAAAAAUGAGGAACACACACUUGAGAAAGAAAAGGAGUCGAUUUUACCCCUGAAAGAAGAAAAGCUUGAAGAACAAUCCGGGUUGAACUAGAUCAUCCGAAACUCCCUAGCAUCGUACAGCUCUUAAAACGCCACAUCUAAAAGGAAAAACAGUGCAUUUAUAGAUUCUUUUCAAUGCCCUAUGGACUUGGACAUACAUAUAGCAUAUAGUGAGUAGUGACAAACACAUAAACCUAAUUUUCCUCAAAUGCCAUUCUUUGGAGAAUCAGAGAGAGGCAUAACUUGGUAAUCUCAGAACUCUUGACAUGCUGUAGAGGCUUUGACCUGUGGGUUUUUACUCUUUAGCUUCCCUCCCAAACAUACUCCACAUGUCUUUGUAAACAUUCUUUGUCCAGUUAUUGGACACAAAAUUCUUAAAUUUGCCUUGUUUG